AUGUCGGAAGCUCGCCUUUUCACCAUUCGACCACUGUCAAAACAACCGAGGAAUGACUACAAAGAUGCUUUUCGUGUCAAUCUAUCGUCUUCAUCAUUAGCUGCUCUCAAACUUCGGGCUGGAGAUGUUUGUAACCUGAAACCGGCUGAGGGACCCCCAAAAACUGCCAUAGCUUGGACCGCCACAGAGAACCUACAAAAUACCGUCGUACAAACCUCGAGAGCUUUGCAAGACUGCUACGGGAUCAAAAUUGGAGAGAAAGUUUCUAUCUAUAAGGCGGAUAGCGACCUAGAGUCAAUCGAAUCACUCUCUUUACAGGAUUGCUCCGAUCCUGAUAGGCUUUCCAAAUAUGGUCAGCUUUCUCAUGCCGAUAAGCCUCAUUGGACUUGGUGUCUAGAGCUUCCUCUAUCAAGAUGUGAACUUCUCGCUGUUGGUUUAAUCUUUGAGUUGGAACUUAAAGGCCAGCGUAGGAGUUUCAAAGCGGCAGAUAUAAGACCUCAGGACCGAAGUUCUGCUUGUACUUUAUUUCGGUUCACUGAAAACACCGAGAUCACAAUCGGUGAGGGAUUCAGUGAAACUGUAACCAAUGCAAUUUCUGAUCUCCAAGUACAGCCAUCAGGCUUGGGCGGAAUGUCCCGCCAGAUUGACUUGGUCAAUGAGAGUCUAGCAGAUUUUAAUCCGAGAGAGUGGCGGCCUGCGAUGCCGUCUUUUUACGAAAAUAGCCGAGGCAUUCUCCUGUACGGCCCCAAAGGAACAGGUAAAACUGCACUUUUGCGCCAGAUACAGACAGCAGGCUGGAGAAAAACGGUCACCAUUGGUUCAUCUACUUUUGGCAGGAAUGCAGGCGACAGUGAAGCCAAGAUUCGCAACGCGUUUCAGGAAGCAAUUCGCUGCCAGCCAAGUGCUGUAAUCAUUGAUCAGUUGGAAUAUGUUGCCCCCAAGCGAACUUCCCUGGAUUCGCAGUCCCUGGCAUCGGUGCUUUGUGAAUGUUUAGAUAUGGCCAAGGGGGCUCUGGUCCUGGUUGCAGCAGCUACUCGCCACCCGAAUGAUGUCGACGAUGCGUUAAGGACACCCCAUCGACUAGCGACUGAAGUUGAGCUCCAAGUCCCCACGUCUCAAGAUCGCUCGGAAAUCCUACGCGCUAUUCGCGGGCAUUCUACCGCCGCGCUAAGCAACGAACUCAUUGAAAUGAUCGCGGAGAGAACUCACGGCUAUGUAGGUGCUGACCUGUUUGCUCUACUACAACUCGUAUGCCGUAAAGCACGACAGCGGCAAUUACCCCCCAAAAAGGGACCUUUUUUCGACCAAGUCCGUGCGAAUGAGAGCGAAGGGCAGGAUGUCAAGGAAGUCAUUGUGCCUUUGGAGAUCCAGGAACUCGAUGUCGUUUCCGCAUUACAAGAGACUCGCCCCACCGCCAUGCGAGAAGUCUUUUUGGAGACGCCGAAAGUGCGAUGGUCAGAUAUCGGUGGGCAGCACGACAUCAAGAAACGUCUUCAAAAAGCCGUUCAAAGACCACUCAGGUUUCCGGAACAAAUGAAGAGACUCAAUGUCAAUAGCAAGAAAGGAAUCCUUCUAUAUGGCCCCCCCGGCUGCUCUAAAACACUCACCGUGAAAGCACUGGCUACUGAAGCAGGAUUGAACUUUUUGGCGGUGAAAGGAGCUGAAGUUCUAAGCAUGUACGUGGGAGAAUCUGAACGAGCCUUGCGAGAAAUAUUUCGGAAAGCUCGGUCUGCUCGUCCUAGUAUUAUUUUCUUUGACGAGAUCGAUGCGAUUGCAUCUAAGCGCAGCAGUACGUCGCAGGGAGGCGUCAAUGUGCUCACAACGUUACUAAAUGAAAUGGAUGGAAUUGAGGAAUUGAGGAAUGUCUUAGUGGUCGCGGCGACGAAUAAACCCGAUGUUAUCGAUCCGGCUUUAAUGCGCCCUGGCCGCUUAGAUAACAUACUCUACAUUGGUUUGCCUGAUUUUGAAGCACGGAAAGAGAUUUUGAACAUCUGGGUCAGCAAGUCAGCAGUCCAUCCGGAAGUAGAUCUGCUGGAUCUAGCAUCCAAAACUCAGGGUUAUUCGGGAGCUGAGAUUGUUAGUAUCUGCGAGACAGCUGGAGAUGUAGCAUUGGAUGAAGAAGAAGAGACUGGCCAGGAAGGAAACGUCAGAUGGCGACACUUUGAGCAUGCCCUUGAACAGGUGCCAAGGCAAAUCACAAGCGAGGUUAUUGAAGAGUAUGAGCAAUGGAGGGAUGCUCGUGAACUUUAA